UUUGAUUUUUUUAUUCAUUUUCUGUCUUAUUUAUAGUUUCGUGAUUUCGGUUUUUUAAAGUUUAAUUACUUUAGAUCUGUUGUCAAUAAGGUGCUCUUCAUUAUCAUUGACCUAAUUUCAUCAAUUGGGCAUCGCCAAUCUAUACUUUUGUACGUGUAUCUAUUUGUUUGCUCUGUAUAUAUAGCAUGCGUUGUACUCUGAUGAGUAAUUGGAGCAAAUUUGGAGUUCGUAUUGUUAUCUCAUUUGGCCGAGUUAUUAGUGCUAAAUCCUUUGUAGUUGUAUGAUCACCCUAAAGAAAUGUAAAAACUUGGCCUUUUAUCAGCAAGAUGAUCAUGGCAAAUAUUUGUUCAAUUUCAAUAGAAACACUCGAGGGAACGUUAAAAUUCAUUCUCUCGUUUGUGAUGUUUGCUGUUUCGAUAUUGAUCCAUUCAAAGUUGACCUGACGUUAUCUAUCGAGUUGUCAAAUAUCAUGACGAAGCACACACCCAAGAAUAUUCUUAUUACCGGUGCGGCUGGAUUCAUUGCUUCUCAUGUUGCAAAUAGGCUCAUUCGAAACUACCCUGACUACAAGAUUGUCGUUUUAGACAAACUUGAUUACUGUUCCAAUCUUAAGAACCUCCUUCCCUCAAAUUCGUCGCCUAACUUCAAGUUUGUGAAGGGUGACAUUGGCAGUGCUGAUCUUGUCAACUAUCUCCUCAUCGCCGAGUCUAUUGACACGAUAAUGCACUUUGCUGCCCAAACCCAUGUCGACAAUUCUUUUGGUAACAGCUUUGCGUUCACCAAGAAUAAUAUUUAUGGCACUCAUGUCCUAUUAGAAGCCUGCAAGGUCACCGGCCAGAUCAAAAGGUUUAUCCAUGUAAGCACGGAUGAAGUCUAUGGAGAGACCGACGAGGAUGCUGUAGUAGGAAAUCAUGAAGCCUCACAACUGCUGCCCACAAACCCAUAUUCAGCCACAAAAGCUGGGGCUGAAAUGCUUGUUAUGGCUUAUGGGAGAUCUUAUGGAUUGCCCGUGAUUACCACCCGAGGAAAUAAUGUUUAUGGUCCCAAUCAGUUCCCCGAAAAGUUAAUUCCAAAGUUCAUUCUUUUAGCCAUGAGAGGGAAGCCCCUUCCAAUUCACGGGGAUGGUUCUAAUGUGCGAAGUUAUCUUUAUUGUGAGGAUGUUGCUGAGGCAUUUGAUGUCGUUCUUCACAUGGGAGAAGUUGGUCAUAUUUACAACAUUGGAACAAAAAAGGAAAGGAGAGUGAUUGAUGUUGCCAAAGAUAUAUGCAAACUGUUUAACAUAGAUCCAGACAAAAGCAUUGAAUGCGUGGACAAUAGACCAUUUAAUGAUCAAAGAUACUUCCUAGAUGAUCAGAAGUUGAAGAAUUUGGGUUGGACUGAGAGGACCACGUGGGAAGAAGGGUUGAAAAAGACCAUGGAAUGGUAUAUCAGCAACCCUGGUUGGUGGGGUGAUGUGUCCGGAGCACUGCUUCCUCAUCCUAGAAUGCUUAUGAUGCCUGGUGGAAUAGAAAGAAAUGUUGACGGACCUGAGAAAUCUGAUUCUGGGAAGUCUGAGUUUUCAGGCAAAUCUAAUCAAACCCGAAUGUUGGUUCCUGCUUCUAAGAGCAAUGGUACAUCUCAAAAACCACCCUUCAAGUUCUUGAUCUUUGGUAGGACUGGAUGGAUUGGUGGGCUGCUUGGAAAGUUAUGUGAGAAACAGGGAAUUCCGUAUGAGUAUGGAAAGGGACGCCUGGAGGAUCGCCCACAGCUUUUGGCAGACAUCCUAGCUGUUAAGCCAACACACGUGUUUAAUGCUGCUGGUGUGACUGGUAGACCCAAUGUUGACUGGUGUGAAGGUCACAAAACAGAAACAAUUCGAACCAAUGUUGCUGGUACACUAAACUUAGCAGAUGUAUGCAGAGAACAUGGGCUCUUGAUGAUUAACUUUGGCACUGGCUGUAUAUUUGAAUACAAUGCCACACACCCUGAAGGCUCUGGGAUUGGAUUUAAGGAGGAAGAUAAACCCAAUUUCAGCGGUUCUUUCUAUUCUGAGACCAAGGCCAUGGUGGAAGAACUAUUGAAGGAAUACGACAACGUUUGCACGCUCAGAGUUCGAAUGCCGAUAUCUUCAGACCUGAACAACCCACGCAAUCUCAUUACUAAGAUUUCUCGGUACAAUAAGGUUGUCAAUAUUCCCAACAGUAUGACCAUCUUGGACGAGCUUCUUCCUAUUUCAAUAGAGAUGGCAAAGCGGAACCUGAGAGGCAUAUGGAACUUCACAAACCCUGGAGUUGUCAGUCACAAUGAGGUUUUGGAGAUGUACAAAAAAUAUAUUGAUCAGGAUUUCAAAUGGGCGAACUUCACACUUGAAGAGCAAGCUAAGGUGAUAGUUGCUCCUAGAAGUAAUAAUGAAAUUGAUGCCUCCAAGUUGAAGAAAGAGUUCCCCGAGUUGCUGUCAAUCAAGGAGUCCUUGAUCAAGUAUGUUUUUGAACCCAACAGGAAAACCCCCGUUGAAUAAGCACCUCAAGACUGUCAACACGAGUGUUGGUGCUGGAUUUUGCAUCAGUUAAUGUGGUCCCCAUUACCUUUUUCUACGUUCUUAGCUUUAGCCAUUGAUAGUUCUUGGUUACAGCUUAUAUUUGUGGCUUUUUUGAUUUAUAGAGGUUUUUACUUUGUCAUGGAUAAUGUUUGCUCCUAUAUCUCUUUUCCAUUAGCACGCUGGGGUGUAACAUACGGUGUACUAUUAUGUGAAAUUUUUGUACUUGAUACUACUACUUCAGUUC